UAUUAUUUUCAGUAUCAAGAAAAGUUCGAACCUCAUAUUUCCUAUCAUGCGGUCCAUUUCAUUUAUGUCUCUUAUCAUCAUAUCAACUUUGAUCCUAUUUUUUCCUCUAUCAUCAAAAUGUAAUCCUGAUGAGAAGAAUUGGCUUGAUCGAUGUGACAUCAAUAGAUUAAAGGAAAGGCCUCCUGAAAUACCCUCUGCUACUUCCCUUCCUUAUACAACAACAACAAAGAAGAAGGGCAUAUUCUGGUGGUGGAAAGACAAAGGUUUUCCUCUUAGACCAAUGGCUCAUGAGAAAGAAAUUUUUGAAAUAUUAAAAGAAAAGCUGAUGGAAGAGGUAGGGGUUUGUCUGAAGAACUGGAUCCUUGGACUAAUGAUGCGAGGGCUUUUCGUGACUAUAACUAUGAUUAUGAAUAUCAGAACCAUGAAGGAAUCCCACCAUACGAAUCUCAUAAAUCAGAUUAUCCAAAGUAAUGAGUCGUUUAUGUUGUCUACAUAUUCUACUCUUGAAACAACACUUUGCAAAUACAAAUUAUUAUGAAUAUAAAGAAUUUUGAAAAAAGGGUUUUUGAAUUACACUCAUUUCCUGCAACGUUUUCUUCAACUGAUAAUCCUCAUAAUAAUCAUGUUCGUAAAAAUAUAUCACUUCAAAAGUACUCUCACAUAUGAGGUUCCAUAUCUAAUUUGGAAAAUAAAUAAAUAAUCCAAAGUAUUUAGUCUUCCAUAUUUUCUUCAUAUUCUGCUAUUG